UCGGCAACAAAAAAAAAAGUUUUCCAGCACGAAAAAGCCAGAAGUUUUCCUCUCCCUCUGAACACCAAAAAAAAUCUAGCCAGUCGCCUGCACAUCUAGGUUUAAACCCCGAAAUGUCUCCUCCAUCAAGAAGGCUGCAGACCAAACCCGUGAUAACGUGCCUGAAGACAUUUCUGAUAUCUUACAGUCUAAUAUUUUGGUUCACAGGGGUGAUCCUGCUGGCAGUGGGCGUAUGGGGAAAAGUUAGUUUGGAGUCCUAUCUCUCCCUGGCCUCAGACAAGAGCACCAAUGCACCAUAUGUCCUCAUUGGCACAGGCGCUACUAUCGUCAUCUUUGGCCUGUUUGGUUGCUUUGCUACCUGCCGUGGCAGUCCGUGGAUGCUGAAACUGUAUGCCAUGUUCCUGACUCUGGUGUUCCUGGCUGAACUCGUGUCGGGCAUUUCAGGCUUUGUUUUCAGACAUGAGAUCAAGGCUAUACUUAAAGACGCCUACAUAAAGGCUGAGAAAAACUACAAUUCUACCGACAUCAGAAGCAAAGCAGUGGAUUCCAUCCAGAGAACUCUGAAAUGCUGUGGAGCGUUUAACUACACUAGCUGGAGCAAUACAAAUUACUUUAAAAAGAAUGGCAUUCCUGAAAGCUGUUGUAUGACUGUGGGUAACUGCACCAUUGAAAAGCUCAAAGAUCUCAAGUUGGCUGAGACGGUGGUCUACAACCAGGGCUGCUUUUCUUUGGUGACGACUAUGUUGGAGGCUAAUUUGGGAAUCAUUGCUGGGAUAUCUUUUGGAAUAGCAUUCUUCCAGCUUAUUGGCGUGUUCUUGGCAUGCUGCCUGUCUCGCUACAUUACCAACAACCAAUAUGAAAUGGUUUGAGUCUCAGGGUGCAGACAUGAGGACAUUGUCCAAGAUGGUAUCUGACACAAAGGGAACCCAUGUAGUUUUAGUACUGUGUGCCUGUGCUUUAUAAAAUUCAUUUCAUUUUAGAAAAUCAUCCAGCUGCUUUUUAAAAAGAGUGUUGGUUGGUGGCAAUUAGGUGAAAGGGAAGACAUUCCCAUAUUAGAUAAGGGAUAAUAUCUUUUCAGUUGUGAUGCCAUUAUGUGCAUUUUGGGGAGUGUAAAUGUAAAUUACAUGCAGAUUCACAGAAUGAUGUAGGAUGUGCAAGUUUGAGCCAUUGCUAAAACAUCUGUAACCAUUGACUGGUGCAACAAAAGGUGAACACGUUGACCAAGUUAUGACUUAGUGUUGAAAUUUAGCAUUUAGUGUAAAUUCAUAAGGUUUACACAGUUUCAAAAACUGAAAAUUGUACUUAAUGUUAUCGGUAGUUUAAAGGAAGUUGAUGGAGACCAAUUUAGAUGACAUAAGCAUGUGGAAAUACAAUAUUUCUUUGUAAGCCUGUAUCUCAUUACAUAUAGUAAUGCCUUGCAAAUAUUGAGCUUGGCAACUCUCAAGAAUCAGUGUGUAGCAUUGAUGUUGAAACUGACUACAGAAAUGCUACAAUGCUUGACCUGGUGUAUCAGAAUGAGAAUAGUAGAGUAUGAUGUGUAUACAUUAGUUUUGUGAAUUAACAAAUUAUUUACUGUGGAUAAUCUGAAAUUGCACACUCCCUGCAACUCAUGACCAAGAUCUAAAUAGCUGGGCUCAUUCUCAUUCCACAUUUACUCCUGUACCAUUAGAGUUCUGUUUGUGUGUAACUAUGAUAUGAUAAAAUAGUUUUUCUGUUUUUUUUCUUCUCCUUUGAGACACUGGUAUUUCUUCCAAGAACUACAGUGUGCUUUGUCAUGCUUGAAUGACUGCGGUCACUACAUUUUAUUGUUAUAUAUUGUAUGUUUGUAUGAGUUAACCUGGAAAGCAUGUACACAUUUGUAGCUAGUGAAAAUACAGUGUUAAUAGCUUAUUCAAUUGUGCAAACUGUCAAAUGCUUAAAAAAAAAAAUAAAGUAAUGUUAAUUAUUUUACUGGA